AUGUCUUCCAUGUCGCGAGGGAGGGUAUCGCAGGCCCCUAAAGCCAGCAAAGUCGUCAAGCCGAAACAGAACUCGAAGCGAUCGACGCAGCACAACCGCAACUAUCGAUGGAAGUCCUUCAACGAGCGCAUCUCGAACCUGAAAAUCGACCCGAUACGACGAAAACGAUUCGUGGAGCAGGAGGAGAAGGCGGUAGAAGCGACACAUACCUUCUUCGGAGAGGCGUUAUCAGGAUGGAGGGACACCAACUUGUCGGCGACAUUCAGCGCAUUCGCCAAAGACGCCGCACCGCUGUGCGACAACCUGCCCAUGGUCUUACACAACGAAGACAAGAUCGCGGAUUUGCUGAUGGAGUACAUUGAGAAGGGAGAUGCCUUGGCCAUGGAUCCGCUGCUGAAUCUGCUGUCGACGCUAGCGCAAGAUCUCGGCGUGCGAUUCGAGAGACACUUUCAACGAGCAGUGGCAACUGUUCUGGCUGUCGCGUCGAAGCACGAAGACCUGCCGGUCAUCGAGGCAAGCUUCAAUUCCCUCGCAUGGCUAUUCAAGUACCUCCAGAAGCUUCUGGUGCCGGACUUGCGGCCCUUGUACGAUCUUCUGGCGCCGUACAUCGGGCAAGUGAAGCAGAAGCCUUUUGUCGUGCGAUACGCUGCUCAAGCAUUCUCAUUUCUUGUUCGGAAAGCCGCGAUUGUCUACGAACGGGACACCAAGCCCUUAAACACCAUCAUAGAACACGUCUUGCGCAAUUGCGUAGACACCGCCUACGAGCCCUCUGCAGGUCUGCACCAGCAAGGUAUCAUGGCUUUACUGAGUGAGGCAAUACAAGGCGUCCAGCAGGCGCUCGUAGCUGGUGGCUCUGCGAUCUUGCAGAGUACCUUCCAAUAUGCUGAACGCCUCGCCCAGGAUGAUCUUGCGUGUGUGGAGCACAUCGUCUGCGGAGUCCUGACAGAUUUCAUCCACUUCAGCAAUCAGGAAGGCUUCAAGCCUGUCUUUGAGACGAUACUUGAACAUAUCAGUCGCAGCGUAGGUAACACCAGCGCAAAAAGCAUUCGAUUCAAUAGUUCAUUACUCUUCACGGUCGUCUCUGUGCGAAAAGGAUCUAGAGUCACUGACUGGAAAGCUGUGUCGCAAACGAGCAAGGCUCUUGUUGUCGCUUGCGAGCAGCUGGAUGCGCUUGAGGAUCCAGUUGCAGAAGCAGUGCUGGGCCUGUAUGCCGUCGUUCUGCAGACUGCAAACACUGGCGCCGUCCAGGCGAUGGUCCAGACGCUAGACGGCCUUCGCAGCGGCACAUGGGCGCCUCGUUUUGUGCGACUAUGCGACAUGGUGCUCAGGCUGGGCCCAGAGCGCUUCAAUGAAAUGCUACUUCCACACCUCCAGAGAUUCGUAAUUGAGAGACCCAGUCUGGAUGAUGCGAGUCUGCUCAUGCUCAUUCCUCGCAUUGGAAGAUACAAGCCGGAUUUCACACUCAAGUGCUCAAAAUCAGCUAUCACAGACCUCCUGGCUCGUAUCGAGGCCAUAGUCACGAAUCAGGAAGACACUCUUGCGCAUGCCAAUCUGCUCCUAGCCGCAUUACCUUACCUUGCUAUCGAUAGCAACAGCAGCGAGAAGCUGUGUGACAUACUACUCAUACUGGUGGAAUCUGUCUUGAAGAGCGAAGAGUUGAUGUCCCAAGAUACGAGAUGCUUCAUCAUCGGCUCGGUAUUACAGCAGCUCUUGAAGAUGCUGCCCGAGACGAACAGCGCGGCAGGUCUUUGGGUCAUGAUGAGCCAAGCCAGUGCCGAAUUUGCGUCUUUACCAGCUUUCUGGUCCAACGUGCUGCAAUUUGUGAAGCGAUAUAAGCCUACCGCUCUCACAGGCGAACAUUUCACUGCCCUCGAAGACACUGCUAUUUCUGCUCUUUCCAUGGCAUCUCACUCCAUCAGGCAGGACGCUUUGGACUUGCUGCAAGAGCUUUACCGUCUGCGUAAACUUGAAGAGCCAGCUGUUCUUGCUACUGCGAUUACAAUCGAAUCCAUUCCUAUCUCGCUAGAGACAGCUAGAUCGAUUUCCAUGAACAUCCGGAGACUUCCACCGCAGUACACAGGCUUGACUAAUGGGGAUGUGAUGCAACGAGCUAUACCCACAUAUCUAUUCGGCUUACUUCACCUUUACCUUGCGCAGGCAUGGGACGAUGCAAGUGAUGCGAUUGCAGCUAUUUGUCAGUCAAAGGCUGGCGAAGAGAUGGUCGUCAAUCUGGCGCAGAAGUGGAUAGAUAGCAAGUCAGAUGACCGUCCAGUGCCUCAGACCCCAAUACUGGUUGAUGUCGAGACAGAUGGAUUCAAGGUCUCCUCCAAUUUCGAAUGUCCAAAUCUUGCGAAACUCUACGCCAUCCGCAAGCAGGUCUUUGACGAAGACUAUAGCGGCUUACCCUCGCCCAGAGAUCGACUUGUGCUUGAUCAGCAGAGAGUAUCGUUGAUAUCGACAGCGGCCCGAACUCAGGCUCUGAAGGUUCUGAACAAAAUCCCACAGAUUGCAGAGAAACGCUCACGUUUGCUCGUGCCGAUUCUGCUGAGAUGGGCAGGAUCACAGAGUGAUGAGGCAGAAGAUACCGUAGCCACAGAUCGUUGGGCACGAAAAGAUCAGAAAGCACUUCUCGGCCUCUUCGCAAAAUUCAACAAUCCCAGGGUACUGUACAAGGCGGACACUGUGUUUGAUGCAUUGCUUGCUCUUUGUGCGAAUGGAGACGUGGAGAUACAAAAGUCUGCUCUGCAAGCCGUACUGUCGUGGAAAGAAAAGUCCGUCACACGCUACGAAGAGCAUCUCAACAAUCUGCUGGAUGAAAACAGAUUUCGCGAAGAACUGUCGGUUUUUCUCCAUGAUACCGCAGACACUGAGGAUGGGAAAGAAGGCAUUCGGGCAGAAGACCACUCACAUCUUAUGCCUGUCCUUUUACGCCUACUAUAUGGCAGAUCCGUUGCUGGAGGGAGAGAAGGUCAAGCUGGCCGCCGAAAAGCCAUUUUCGUGGCGCUUUCGCGGUUCGGUGAGGCAGUCCUAGGCCAGUUCUUAGAUAUCGCUUUCAGGCCCAUCGCUGAUGCAGACCUUGAUUCGGAUAAUGGGGAUAUACCGCAGACGACUGCGCCCCUGCGACAACAGCUUGGUUUUGUCAACAUGAUGAAUGACAUGCUUCAAGUCCUAGGAGACAGCCUGGAGAGUUUUGCCCCGAAGCUCGUCAGAAGUAUCCUGGCAUGCACUGUCAGCGCUGCUCACAAGAUGGAGCAAGAUACCAGCGACGUAGCACUGGCACGCUCAAUUCGUCAGACUGGUAUUCAAUGCCUCGUUAAAGUCUUCUCUAGCAUGACAGAAUUUGACACACAAGGUUGUGGAAAGACCAUCACGCAGGAGCUGAUUCUGCCACGCCUUGACGCCUUUGCUGCCGAGACUGCACAAUCGGUCUCGGGCACUUUACGCCUCUUCUCUGCUUGGAGCGAACGCAGUUCGACAUCGAACCUGUUCACUGGGCCUGGCAGUACAAUCUUGCAGCGCGUGGCAGACCUACUUGAGGGACAACACACCAAGAGCGAAGUUCAGAUAUUCGUGCUUCAAGAUAUCCUUGACCAUCUCGUGACAAUUGACAUUGAGCAGUCUGUGCUUCAGCCUCACGUGUCAAGCUUCGUCAAGGCCAUCGGCUUGGUGAUCGAGCAGCAACCGUCGAAGGAAGUGCUUGAUGCAUGCGUACACUCCUUUUCUCAACUUGCCGGGCGAAUUACCUCAGAAUCAGAAGCUGCUCAUGUCACUAAAACUUGCACAGAGCUGUUGAAGAAGCCAAACAGGCAAGUCUCUCCCUCGACCAAGUCUGGGCUGCUACAAACUAUACUCCCGCUCAUUGAAAAUUUUGGCAUCGACGCAAAAGACAACCUGUACGAUGCAAUUUGCGUGCUUUACUCCCGUCUUAGCCAUGCAGACAGCCGCGUGCUACUCUCCAAGGUUCUCGCUGCACUUGUGCAAGGUAACUCAGCACUCCUGGACGUAGCCCGAGCUUGCGAAGACAUGAAUGCAAGAGGUACACGCUUGAAUGAACCGGAUUUCAAGCGCCGCGAUGAAGCAUUCAACAAGAUCAAGAGCUCUUGCCAUACCUUCACUGUCGAGCAAUGGCUUCCCUUGGUACACAACUUGCUAUACUAUAUUCGUGAUGCCGAAGAUCGUGUCAACCGCACAGACUCGUCAUAUUGCCUCCAGCUUUUUGUGACUGCCGCUUCGAAGCACUCGAGCGAAGCGCAGUGGAUGACGCUACUCGAACACGCCGUGCUUUCGGGUAUCGAACGCGGUAUGCAUGAGAAGUCGGAACUGGUUCGUUCUGAAUACUGUCAAGUUCUCAAUCAUAUUAUCGAGAACUUUCCAGAUUGGCAGAGGAUAAAUAGCCUGCGGAUCCGCGGCCAUGAGGAUGAGGAGAAUUCGUUCUUCUUGAAUGUGCUUCACAUUCAACUUCGUCGGCGUAUGGCCGCUGUGCAAGUACUGGAGCGAGAGGCGGCGAAUGUUGGCUCGAAUAAUGCUUCGCGUAUUCUUUUGCCUCUGCUUGAGCAUUUCGUCUUCGAUGCUGCUGAUGGCGAGGCUGGACUGAAUCUUGCGAACCAGACUAGGAAGACUAUUGGUGCGCUGGGUAAGGCUCUCAACAAGAAUGCCUUCCGGGCCACGUUCCAGCGGUAUGCAGGGUAUCUCAAAAACAAGGAAAAAGAUGAGCACGAAACGGUUGAAAAGCGCGUCCUGCAGCUCUUGAGAGAGUUGGUCGACGGACUUCAUUCUUUGCCAGUCGAGCAGAGGCCCAUCACAGAUGCUGUGAUCAAGGAACAGCUUGCACCACUUCUGGAAUACUUACAUCAGAAGGACGAAUCUACAGUGGACCGCCGCAUAUCAAUCGCAGUAACCAUUGUCAAGCUAAUGUCUGGACUGCCAACCGACGACUUUACAUCUCGCUUGCCCGGCGUGCUUACCGACAUUUGCCAUGUUCUGCGUAGCAGAAGUCAAGAGGCUCGCGAUCAGACAAGGAGGGCUCUGGCGCAGAUUCUCGAAUUCAUCGGCCCAACAUACUUUGGCUUCGUCCUGAAAGAGCUCAAGGGAUCUCUCAAGCGUGGCUACCAGCUCCACGUGUUGUCAUUCACAGUUCACUCACUCCUCGUGGGUAGCCUUGAAAGCCUCAGUCCAGGAGACCUCGACGAGUGUCUUCCACAUCUCAUGGAUGUCAUCAUGGACGACAUUUUCGGUGUGACUGGGCAGGAGAAAGAUGCCGAAGAGUACAAGAGUGGCAUGAAGGAGAUCAAGAGCAGUAAGAGCUACGAUACCAUGGAGCUCUUGGCACGGGUGACGCCUGUGCGUCGACUGGGAGCACUGGUUCGACCGAUUCGCAACAUGCUCUCGGAAAUGCUGGACAACAAGUCCAUCAAGAAAAUCGACGACUUGCUCUUGCGUCUUCGCAAAGGACUGGAUCAGAACCCCGAAGCAGACAGUCGGGACAUGCUCAGCUUCUGCUGGGAGAUUGUAAAUCAGGUCUAUGCAGAGGACAAUGCUGCCCAUGCGCCCAAGGUAGAGCUUGACGAACGUCGCAAGCGUUAUGAGAUUCAACCUGAGCCGGAGAAGAAGAAAGUUGGACCGAAAGGAAGCACGACGUCCUACAGAUUCAAGCUCAUCUCUUUUGCUCUCAAUCUGCUCCGAAAAGUGGUUCGUCGUCACGAGGAUCUGCAAACGGUCACGAAUAUGGCUGGAUUUCUGCCGAUGGCUGGCGAUGCUCUCGUGCAAGGUCAAGAGGAGGUCAAGCUCUCAGCGGUUCGACUGCUAUCCACCAUCAUGCGUGUGCCCAUGAAACAGCUGGAGGAGAACGCUCCGGUCUAUGUCAAAGAGGCCGUCGCCAUGAUCAAAGGUGCUUCGAGCAGCACAACGGAUGCCUCGCAGGCUGCACUGGAACUCGUGACAUCAGUCCUGCGCGAGAAGCGGUCAAUGCCAGUCAAAGAGAAAGACAUUGCCCUCUUACUCAAGCGAAUCAAGAUCGAUAUUGAUGAGCCAGAUCGGCAAGGUGUCAUUUACAGAUUCUUGUAUGCCGUCCUUGGACGCAAGAUCGUUAUCACUGAAGUUUACGAGGUGAUGGACGAGGUCGGCAGAGCUAUGGUGACGAACCCUGACUUCUCCAUCAGGCAGAGCGCGAGGAAAGCCUACCUGCAAUUUGUCAUGGACUUCCCGCAGGGCAAAGAUCGUUGGCAGAAGCAUACUGCUUUCCUGAUCACUAAUCUCAAGUAUAAGCAUGCCGCCGGACGACAGAGCAUCAUGGAGUUCUUGAAUUCUAUGCUGAAUAAGAUUGGGGAGGACGUGCUGAACGAGCGCGCACCUGAGAUCUUCUGGACUUUGGUGCCACUGCUGGUGGGAGAUCCAGAUGUCAAGUGUCGAGAGAUGGCGGCAGCGCUCAUUGGCGUGCUGUUUGAGCGCGCCGAGGACGAGAAGCUGAUGGCACAAUUUCUCGCCACCAUGGAGACCUGGUUGAACAAGGACAAGCCACUCCUGAAAGCUGGUGCCCUGCAGUGCUGGGCAGUGUUGCUUGAAAAGCGGCAAUUACCUCAGAAACAGCUCACUAGUCUGCGUGGCAAAGUGGAAGCCAUCUUGGCUGACCAAGAGGAAGAGAUCAAUCAACCUCAGGUGGUGUUGGACGCCCUGCGAGCGUUUGCUGUGCUGGUCAAGCGUUUCCCCGAUGCCGUUGGCCUUGCCGAAGCUUCUGGGGACACAUGGCACGCAAUCCAGCGGCUACCAGCUACAGAGGACACCAGAAUACAGCUCGCCAUCGCCGAACUGCUCGGCGCAUACUUCACAAACUUCGCGAGCACAAGCUCCAAAACUGCGGACGGUCUCGCAGGUCUACCACUUCGGGGAUCCGGUGGGCUUGAACUCGGCGCAGAAGACAUGCGGCGAUUAUGCCUCGUGUCAUUGCGAGCACUGCGCGCCGUCUCGCUCAGUACAGAUGAAAUUCUCACGGCCCAGAUCGUGCGCAAUAUCUCCGAUCUAGGUCGGUUUUUCGCCGCCAACGAAAUGCCCUGGAACAACAACGCCGUGCAAAGCACAGAUGUGUCCGUAUCCGAAUCAGAAGAAGCGGAAGAAGAACAAGAAGGCGACGAAGAACAGUCCAUUGCACGCACAUCCGAAACCGCCAUCUCCCACCUUCUCCGCCGCCUCUCCUCCAUGCUCAUGGCCGACAAAUUCUCCAUCAUCGCCCGCACCUCGGCCCUCUCAACUCUCUCCAGAAUCCUCAAAACCCUCUCUUCUCCCAAACUUCCCCCCAACUCUCUCCAACCCAUCCUGCGCCCUCUCUACGCAUUAACCGACCCCAGCGUCCCCAAACCCCCCGGGGAGCUGCACAAAGCGCUAUCCGACACAGCGUCAGAAGUCUUGGAUUUCUUGCGCCAGAAACUCGGGUCCGAAAUGUUUCUGGCGGCGUUGGCGGUCACGAGGAGUGAGGCGAAAUUGCGACGCGAGGAGAGACGGUCGAAGAGGAGGAUUGAAGCGGUGAGUGAGCCGGAGCGAUGGCAGAAGAGUAAGCAGAGGAAGUAUGAGGGGAAGAAGUUGAAGUUGAAAGAAAAGGGGCAUGAGGCGAGGAGUGCGAGGAGAGGGUGGUAAAAGAGGUACCUACUGUAGGGUAAGGUAGGUAAGGUAGGGUAGACAGAGUGAUGCGUGCACGUGUACUUGAUACCCUUUGC